AUGUUGUCAACAUUAAAGUAUUAUAAAUCAAAAGAUCAAUGCUUAAACACCUCUUUUUUAUCAUAUUUACUUUGCCUCAAUCCAAGAUUCAUUGACUUUAAUAGAUACCUGUAAACAUUGAAAAUACUUGAAAAUAGAAUUGUAUCAAGAAACUGAAAUGUAUGGACUUUCAACGUGUGAAGAUGAUUGAUUAGCAACAUUGGGAGGGAUACAUCUAGAGAGUUGGUAGGAUGGUUCGAGUCAUCCAUAAAAUUUGGCGUAGGGUAUAAAUAUGUAAUAUUUUUUAUCUAGUUCAAUCUUCUCCUUGACGUAAUCAAACAGAAAACUAGUUAUCGAGUAUGUGAUAAACAAUAAUAAACAAAAAUAAUGGUUAAACGUGGAUCCAACAGGUUGUAGAGAAGUUUGGGGUGUUUGGAUCUUAUGCCUCAUCUACGGACACAGUACCAUUUAUUUUGCCAGGAAUCUCCACUUAUUAUCCUUAGAAAAUGCCAAGUAGAUUCCUUAUCCUUGUAAUCUCAGGGUAGAAAUACAUUCACAUCUCUCUCUCUCUUUCUCUCUCUUCUCUCCUAGGCUACUACCCUUUGUACUUUUAUUGGAUAUUCUAUGCAGCAGCUUGACAAAUUAAUUAAAAACGGAAAAACCCUAAAAUUCCUUGAUUGCUUCCAUCAAAUCUUCUGUUAUUUUUAAAACUUUAGCUUGUAAGGAAGAGAAAAAGAUUCUCAAUAUAGAAACGUAAUGGGCCACUUCAACUUGACAUGUCAAUUCAACUUCUCUGGUUCUGAAGCCCAAAAUGCUCUCUCCUCUCCCUGGGUGGUCCAGCUCGAUCCACCGAACUCUAGCAGACCAGUUUAGACCCGUUUAAGAUAAACGCCCCCCGGGAGAUCAUCCGACCGCUAGCGUCAUCCUCCAGCAUCUUCCGAAGCUCCGCGCUCCGCCCGCCAAAUGCUUCAUCUUCGGUAGAGGUAGGGAGACAGAGAGAGAGAGAGAGUGCAGAAAUGCGCUGUCUGGCGGCAACUCCAUCCUGCAACCACAGCUGCUGCGGCGGUGCUCAUUUCGGUCCACUGCACGCGGCGAGGAAAGGGAGACAAACUCGCGCCCAGCCAUGGCGGGUGCAGCAGCGGCCGGGAGAUGAGGAGGGACCUGGGGUCCUCCUCCGCCUCUUGGCUCCCCCUCUGGCGGCGACGAUCCUGACCUUAUCCCCUCCCUACUUCCUCACUACUCCAGGUAAUGAGUUCAGAUUCUUCCCGGGCUGUGUCUCAAUCCGUAUGGAUGAUUAUCGGGAAAUAUCAUCUCCGUUGAAUCUGAACUAGAUAUGCCAGAGAACUGCAAAAAGGAAGAUCAGAGGCACGAGAUGCUCACCUUCGAUUUAACGAGCAUGAAACUCGAUUUCUUCUUGAAUACAAGCCCUCUCUAGUCUGAGAAAUCCCGAGCCCGUCGUCCUCCAAGAAAACCUUCUCCUCCGCCCCUGUCCGCACAGCUUCAUUCGGUCUCCGGUGCCUCCCUCUUGCAGCAUCCAUGGGGCAGCCAGCGGCCGGAGCUUCGCCGAAUGGCGGGGCAGCGUUGUUCAGGAGGGCCUGCAUCGGUUGCCACGACGCGGGCGGGAACAUACUGCAACCUGUGAGCGGUCGAUCCCUCAUUCCCCUCCUCUUCCGCCAUGCCAUCUCAAGCUAAUGGUGUCUUCUUCUCCUCCUUGCAGGGCGCCACUCUGUUCACAACAGAUCUUGAGAGGUAAAAUCCGCAUAUUCUUCCCCCUCUCUUUCAUAUGGUUUCCUUCUCUGCAAGUCGACCAUUUUAUUUUCCUGCAGGAAUGGCGUCGCCACCGGGGAGGAGAUAUACAAGAUCACGUACUUCGGGAAGGGCAGGAUGCCGGUAAGUGCUGUCCAUUGAAGCUUGCAGCCACUUGCAGGGUGUGCGAGAACCAUGAAAGCUCUCCCUUUCCCCCUCUGCACAUCUUUAGGGUUUCGGGGAGAAGUGCACUCCGAGGGGGCAGUGCACGUUCGGACCCCGGCUGCAGGAAGAAGAGAUCAAGCAACUGGCAGAGUUCGUCAAGCUGCAGGCCACCAAGGGCUGGCCGAAGAUCGAGGUAAAUGGAGAAGAACAAUAG